CACCUUGAAGGGCUGAGUAUAAGGACAUCUACUGAGUGUCUUUUUAAAUAGACACCAGAGGUGGGGGGGGGAGGGGAAAAGGAACAGACUUGUAACCAUAACUCAGUUGGACUUGUAUCUGAGAAGUCAGAUGCCAUGGAUUGGGUCCCUCACCGAACAGCUGCUUUUCUGUUCCUUUUAUUGGUACUCUUGGAUUUCAGCACAGGAUUUCAUGUAGAGGUAAAAGAAUGGGAUGAAAAUGGAAUGGCAAGAUGGAAAACCUUCAGAAGACAAAAACGUGAAUGGAUCAAAUUUGCUGCAGCUUGUAGAGAAGGAGAAGAUAAUUCUAAAAGGAAUCCAAUUGCCAGAAUCCGAUCAGAUUGUGAAGAAAACCAUCCAAUCACAUACAGCAUCUCUGGAGUUGGAAUUGAUCGUGCACCCUAUGGAAUAUUUGUUGUUAACCCAAGAACAGGAGAAAUUAAUAUAACAUCAAUAGUGGAUAGGGAAAUAACUCCAGUAUUUGUUAUACGUUGCUUUGCUAAACACUCAGUGACCGGUGUAGAUUUGGAACCACCUCUUGAACUUCGAGUCAGAGUUCUGGAUAUAAAUGAUAACCCUCCUAUAUUUGCACAAACUGUAUUUACAGGAUCUGUUGAAGAAAGCAGUAUGGACAACACACUGGUGAUGAAAAUAAUUGCAUCAGAUGCAGAUGAACCUAAUCACCUGAAUUCUAAAAUUGCCUUCAAGAUAGAGAGUCAGGAACCUUCCGGUCCACCCAUGUUCAUUAUGAAUAAAUAUACUGGAGAACUCCAUCUUGCAAAUUAUCUCGACAGAGAGCAACACAGUAGCUACACUCUUGUUGUGAAGGCGUCAGACCGGGAUGGAGCUGCAGAUGGAAUAUCAUCCCUUUGUAGCUGUAACAUUAAAGUUAUUGAUGUCAAUGACAACUUCCCAACUCUCGCUCAAAGCUCUUUUUCAGCAAGUAUUUCAGAAAAUUCACUCAGUUCAGAACUGCUACGGAUACAAGCUCUGGAUGCUGAUGAAGAGUUUACAGACAAUUGGUUAGCAGAGUUUUUCUUUAUAUCCGGUAAUGAAGAUAACUGCUUUGAAAUAGUUACAGAUCGAGCGACAAAUCAAGGCAUCCUUAGAGUAAUUAAGGAACUAAAUUAUGAACAAUUCCAAACUCACUCAAUGGUUAUUGGUGUCAGGAAUGUAGCUGCCUUCCACCACUCUGUUGCACGUGACUUCCAGGUGUAUGGAUCACCCCUCGUAGUAGAAGUAGUAAAUGUCGUUGAACCACCACAGUUUCGUCCAUCUACAGUUGUGUUCUCUGUACGACAAAACACAAGAGUGAAUGAUGUUGUGGGAAUAUACACAGCCAUCGAUGAAGACACUGGGGCUAUUGCAUCAAAUGUUGCAUAUAGUAUAGGACGUGAUCCGGGUGCCUGGUUCAGAAUCAAUCAAAACACUGGUGAAAUCACACUGAACAAAGUUAUUGACUGGGAAUCAGUAUAUGUAACCAAUGGGCAGUACAAAGCAGAGGUUCUGGCUAUCACCAGAGGGGCUCCUCGAUAUACUGCUACUGGCACCAUUGUGCUUUCAAUACAAGACAUCAAUGACAAUUGCCCAACUAUUAAUACUGAAUUAAGGAAAGUAUGUAUGCAUUCCCCAUCAGUGAUUAUCACAGCAAAGGCUAUGGACGGUGAACAAUAUGGUCUCCCCUUUACAUUCAGCAUACAUGGUGAACCUCAAACUACAUGGAUUAUCAGAUCACUAAACGCUUCCUCUGCAGAACUAAUGACUCAGAACAUGGACUUUUACCUUUAUAGGAUCUAUAUCAACGUAAGAGAUAACCAAGGCCGGCGCUGCUCUAAACCACAUAUAAUUCCUGUGCAAGCUUGUCAGUGCGAUAGUCGUAAUUACUGCACCAGUGGGGCCACAAGAAUAGUGAUCAUCGGUGGUGGUGGUGGCAGUGGCAGCAGCGGUGGUGGUGGUUACAGUGGUGGUGGCGGUGCUGGUGGUGCUGGUGGUGCUGGUGGUGCUGGUGGUGCUGGCGGUGGUGGUGUCGGUGGUGUCGGUGGUGUCGGUGGUGUUGGAGGAGGCCAAGGAGGAAUAGGACCAGAUCAAGGAGGUGGUGGUAAUGGUGAGGUUAGACCUGGAGGAGGAACUGAAGACCAAACAGACUGGCAGAGUUACACUGAUGGGUACGGUGGAGGUGAUGAAGGAUAUACUGCAGCCACUGAUGAUAGUUAUAGUGGAAGUGGGAAUUAUGGCAGAGUUCUACCAUCUUCUACCACACUUAGCGGUGCUGCCAUUGGCCUGAUGUUUCUUGGUGGAUUAAUAUUUGUUUUGAUUCCAAUUUUGAUGUCAAUGAGCGACUGUUGUGGCUGUGGACCUGGCGCUGUAGGUGGAGUUGGAACUGGAUUUGAACCUGUACCUGAAUGCACAGAAGGGGCAAUUCAUCCCUGGGGAAUAGAAGGUGCACAGCCUGAAGACAGGGAUGUCUCACACAUUCUUGCCCCAACAACAGCUGCGGGAGGUGAUUUUGGUGAACCCUCUGACAUAUAUACAAACACAUAUGGAGGAGGAGGAGGAGUAGCUUCUGGUGUUGAAGAAACUACAGGAGUUGGCUAUGGCACCGGUACUGGUUAUGGAACAGCUGGAGGAAUUUCUGGAACAGGGGACACAAAAGGACCAAUUGGAGGAACAAUAAAAGAGUAUCGAGAAGGAGGAGUGAACAUGGCCUUCCUAGACAACUACUUCUCUGAGAAAGCAUUUGUGUAUGCAGAUGAAGAUGAAGGUCGGCCGGCAAAUGACUGCCUAUUAAUAUAUGAUCAUGAAGGAGUCGGUACUCCUGUUGGUUCUGUGGGUUGCUGCAGCUUCAUUGGAGAAGAUACAGACGAAACAUAUUUGGAUACAUUAGGACCAAAAUUCAAGACCCUGGCAGAGAUCUGUCUGGGCAAAGAGAUCGAACCUUUCCCUGACGUCAACCCACCCUGGCCAUGCGUUAACGUCACCUUUCCCAACCCUGAAAGUGAUCUAAACCUCCCGCCACCUGGAACCACCAUCAUUGUCAAUGGAUGUGCACCAAUGCCUCCCCCGGUCGGCACUACAACGGUUGUUACUGAAAACACCUACACAUCUGGGUCAACCAUACAGCCCCCGAGGCCCAUGCCAGAUCCUUUGCUCCACGGCAACAUGACGGUGACUGAGACCUACACCUCUGGCUCCCCUUCUCUUUGCGUUGACCCUCUGCGUGCAUCCAACGUUGUUGUAACAGAAAGGGUUGUCGGUCCUGCGUCGGCCUCUGAUUUGCGUGGCAUGCUAGAUAUCCCAGAUCUCACAGAUGGGUCCAACGUUAUCGUCACAGAAAGAGUAAUAGCACCUAACUCCCGGCUCCCGACCUCUCUGAGCAUUCCCGAUUUGGUAGACGGGUCGAAUGUGGUGGUGACAGAAAGGGUGUUCAGGCCUGCCUCUGGCAUGCCAGGCAGCUUAAUAAAUAUUCCCUCGGAGUUAUCAAAUGCCCACAACGUGGUGGUCACUGAAAGGGUAGUGUCAGGGUCUGGGAUGAGCAGCCUGGGGGGGACAAGCCUAGGGGGGACAAGCCUAGGUGGGGCAAAUCUUGGGGGCCUCAGCAGCGCGGGUCAGAUGCUCAGUGCUGACUGUCACCUUGGCCAGGCAAUGGGCACGGCGUCCCCCGGCACCUCCCGGAGAAGAGUGACAAAGUACAGCACUGUGCAGUACUCCAGUCAGUAAGGCCUCUGCCAGCGCCCCUUCCUGUCCAAAUUGCCUUUUGCACCAACACUCGUUAGCUGCCACCCACCAAGAAUAUUGUUAUUAUUUAUAACUAGGAAAUAGCGCUAAAGUUUCAGGGACUCCUACUUGUGUGAGGAUCUCUGAAGGGUGCCCCGCUUCAAGGCCAAAUGCAGGACUUUGUCAGUGAAGGGAAAGUUGAAGUUAGCUUUAAAUUUAUUUCUUUCUCUCCACCGAGCACUACAAGUUUACAAACAGAUACUAAUUUUUUUGGAGAGAGAUCUCAUUGCUGGGCGGAGCCGUGAGAAGGGAUACUUGUGUGCAUACAGUAUCAGCACGAAUUAAUGUCAUUGAGUUAAUAGCCCCUCACUGACAAGACAGGAAAAGAAUGUAAUUAAUAAUUAGUCAACUCAAGACUAAAUAAGCACUUUCAAAUGCAUCACUUUAUUUUGCAUGUAAUUCAAGAAGCGCUACAGAACAGCACUUUCAAUCAUUUCUCCCAUCACCAACAAUAGUUAUAAAUAAUAAUCAUAUAAGCACAAUACAUUUUCAUUGCUUUCUGAAGUUUUCAUUAAAACACUCUGCCAUGGCCUGCCAUCCUGUUACUCUCAUGGCGAGGAGCAUGACCAGAAAUUUGCCGCAGCAAAAUAAAGUCUUAGUAGCUUUGUGAUGUGGGGAGGCAAUAGCAAGUAUUGUAUCACUGACACUGGUAGUCCUUCAUGAAAAGAAAAAAACACCUGGGAGCAAUAUAAAUUUGCUAAUAAGCAGUGUGGAGAAUUGUUAUUUCAUAUGUCAAUGUAUUUUGCAUUGAUAUUUUGAAAGUUUAUUUGAAUGUGUUAAUUGAAAAAGUCUUUAUGAUUCUAUGAUCUUAAUUAAAUCUGGCUUUUAUUUUCCCACAAAAA